AUGGUUCGUUCCGCUGCUGCCAUGGAGGCGGGUCAGGUGCCGGACGGGAGGGCGCUGAUGGAUGUCGUCACCACCGGCGGCGGUGCCGGCACAGGAGGCGGGCGGGAGCCGGAGGGCCUGCCGUGCCCGCGCUGCGAGUCCGUCAACACCAAGUUCUGCUACUACAACAACUACAACCUCUCCCAGCCGCGCUACUUCUGCAAAACGUGCCGCCGCUACUGGACGCGCGGGGGCGCGCUCCGCAACGUCCCCGUCGGCGGCGGCACGCGCAAGGCCACGCCCGCCGGCCGUCGCAAGCGCGCGGGCACAGCGCCCGCGCCCGUGACCGUGCCCGCGACCGCGUCGCCGCCCUCGGCAGUCGCCCCGCCUCCGCCGCCCGAGCCGGCGCUCCACGGCUCGCUGCUGCGCCCGUACGGCAGCGGCGGCCUGUCGUUCGCCGCGCCGGCUCUGGCGUCGCCGCUCGCCGCCGAGGACCCGGACCGCCGGCUGCUCGACCUCGGCGGCAGCUUCACCUCGCUGAUCGCGCCCGGGGUGUCGGACGUCGUCGUCCACUUCUCCGCCGGGUUCCUGCUGGGCGGGCUCGCGCCGGCGGCCCUGCCUCGGGCCGCUCUGCCGCCGCCGCCGCCGCCGCCGCAGCAGCAGCAGCCGACGGUGUCCCAGGCGUUGCCGGAGGGCGUGUUGUGGAGCAUGGGCUGGCCUGACCUGUCCAUCUAA